UUUGUCGGAAAAUAGGAAAGGCUUCUGAAAAUCAUCUCAAAAGGACUUCCCACGAACGGUAAAUUUCUCUUCCUUCCUCCCUCCAUCUAACGGCUAGUAAAAUCCUCGACGCUCCACUGUUCUAUUCUCCCCAACCCAAUACCACCGUUGGAUCUAUUAAUCCAACGGCCAUAAUUCAACUUAAAGAAUAUGACCGUUGAGUGCCCCCUUCCCUUCUUCGUCUUUCUUUAUAUACACGUAUAUAUGUACCACAGCUCCUCCGCGCCUAAAACUCUCUCUCUUUCUCUCAUCAAUCUUUCUUCCAAUUCCCAUCAAAGAUCAUCGCCUUGACUGCAUCGAAUUGAUUGAUUUCUUAGAAAAAAUUACAAGAAUCUAACUUGCAUUGUGGCGACUGGAAACCAACCACGAGAAGGGGAGCCGCGCAACGGCCGUCUCCAGGUGUUGCUGUCGUCGUUCUGGGCGAGUAUAGGCGGUGUUUUGGGUGUUAACAGCGAUUAUCGGGAAGAACAGGGAGGAGGAGAAGAGGAAUUGGAUCGAGAAAUGGCUUCCAAGGCUGCUGUUCCUGAGAAUCCCCAGGGAGGAGUGAAGCAGAAGAAUGUGCAAGCUGAAGGCAGAACCAGGAAGGUUCUAAGGGACAUCGGAAAUCUGGUGCCGCCGCAAGGUGGCGGCAUUGAGGGGAAGCUUCAGAAUCCGGUCAGCCGCCCUGGCCCAAGGCUCUUCGGUGUUCAGCUACUGGACAAUGCUCAAGCAGCAGCAGAGAAGAACAACUGCAAGAAAUUAUUGGCUGAAAAGGUGAAUGCUGGUGUGCCUAUGAAGAGCGAUGCAGUUAAGCCGACGAUAGAUGAAGUGAUCGUAAUAAGUUCCGAUGAAUCAGGAAGCAGCAAGAGGGACAAAAAUGUGAGGUUAAAAAAGCCUGGAAAAUCACUAACCUCAACCCUCACUGCUCGAAGCAAGGCUGCUUGUGGAAUUGCCAACAAGCCCGAUGAUCUGACGCUGGACAUUGAUGCCGCUGAUGUAAACAACGAAUUGGCGGCAGUGGAGUAUGUCGAGGAUAUGCACAAAUAUUACAAGCUUGCAGAGAAAGAUGGCUACGUCAACGAUGAUUACAUGCAUGGACAGCUGGAAAUCAAUGCCAAAAUGAGAGCCAUUCUUGUGGGCUGGCUGAUUGAAGUCCACCGGAAGUUUGAACUGAUGCCGGAGAGUCUCUACCUUACUGUCAACAUUGUUGAUCGUGUCCUUUCGAUUAAAACUGUCCCCAGAAGGGAACUCCAGCUGGUCGGCAUUGGCGCCAUGUUGAUAGCUUGCAAAUACGAGGAAAUCUGGGCUCCGAUGGUCAGCGAUUUCAUAGAGAUAUCGGACAAUGCCUACACGAGCGAGCAAGUGCUUCGUAUGGAGAAGAUGAUCCUGGGGAAGCUGGAAUGGUAUCUAACAGUUCCAACUCCAUACGUAUUCCUAAUUCGGUAUAUAAAAGCUUCAGUUCCAGCUGAUAAAGAGAUGGAAAACAUGGCAUUCUUCUACGCGGAGCUCGGUUUGGUGGAUUACUCGACUGUCAUCAAGUAUAGCCCCUCGAAGCUCUCGGCUGCCGCAGUAUACGCUGCGCGAUGCACGCUCAACAGGACCCCCCUGUGGACGGAGACACUUAAGCACUACACAGGCUACGCCGAGGAUGAACUGAUGGAGUGUGUGAAGAUGUUGGGGAGUUUCCACUCGGAAGCAUCGGAAAAAGAUGAGAAAUUCAAGGCAGUGUCCCGGAAGUACUCGAAACCGGAACGAGGUGCAGUGUCUCUUCUUCCACCUUCAAUUAUAAAUCUUGCUCUUCUCAAAAUAUGACUUUGAGAUUUAGAGAAUGAGAAGUUUACCAACUUGUUCGUUGGAGGUAGGUAUAAAAUAGUUGCUUGCUUUUGGUUAUAUGGUAUUAUUGUAUUGUGUAUGGAUAGGAUCUACUACUACUUACUUAAUACGAAGGAAGGAUGAUUUGAGAGUUCUUUUAUCGAAUUGUUGGACUUUUAGUCUGGGUGGGUAGGUAGGUAGGUAGGUAUGGCCAAGAUUCAAUCUUGUUAUGUUUUUUUUUUUUUUUUUUCCUUUUUGUAAUGAUGAUGAUUGAAUUAAAUGUAUGUGGGAAUUUUGUAUAGUCAAAAUAUUUAUACCUAUAUCUUGAGGAAGAAUCAAAUAGAUGCGCGCAUGUCUUCUAUACCAUUUGAUUUUGUAAUUUGA